CACCCCCUUAAUCCCAGACGCCAAAGCGAUUCGAAAGUGACAUUUGGUGUGCUGUAACACAAUCUGGAUAAAAUUUAUAAGAUAAACAACGGAAGAAUUGCAUCAAGAUGAGCACGCCAUGGAGGGAUAUCAAAUACGAGUCGUUUGAAAAGGCAAUAGAUCCCCUGAAAGAAAGUAUCAGCGCUAUCCAAGCAAAACGUCUCAACGUUGUCCUUGUCGGGCACACCGGUGCAGGGAAAUCCUGCUUCAUCAAUUCCAUCUGUUCAAUUUCUCGAGGAAGAAUUGUCAAUGUGGCUUCCACGAGAAGCUCAACUUCCGGAGAUGUUGGAACCUACAAGUUAACUCUGAUAAAGUCAAAAACGGAUGAGCUUCUCCAGAAUGUUUUCUUGUAUGACACGAUGGGAUUCACGGAGACGUUUGAUGACGACGAAAAGGGGAUAGGCAACGAAGACUUACGGGAUGUUUGCCUUGGUCGACUGAAAAAGGGAUACACUUUCGUAAGCAAAGCAGAUGGCGGGAAAAAUGACACCGUCAAAAAUACGUCGAAUGCAGAGGAGCCAGAAGUUCUGGUUGCGGCAGCGGAAGACAACGAUGCGAGGAAACCACACUGCGUCGUUUUCGUCGCCAGCGCAGAGACACUUACACAGGAUACUGACACAGUCAUUCAGAAGAAACUCCGGAAACUCUACACAUAUGUGCCUCAGGACGUAGCCAAAAUCGCCGUUAUCACGAAGCUCGACCGGAUUUGCGAUGACGUACAUAAAGAUAUUAAAAAUAUCUUUACAAGUAAUGAAGUACAGAAAGCAGUAAAACGAGCUGAAGAAGUGUUUGGUCUGCAAGAAAACCAGGUUUUCCCCAUCGUCAACUUCGUGUCCGAAAUGGACGUUGAGAAUGAUAAAUGUGUGCCAAUUCUGUACGCAUUGAAGUUUAAUUUCAGUUCCGCACUCGACAGGUAUGAAGAGAGGGUCGAUAUCUCGGACGAAGAUGACUAAAAUGUGUGAAAUAUUCAUUUAUGGAACGGAAAAUGUACCCGCGUUUAUUAAUUAAUAAUUACCUCCCUAAAUAUACGUAUACUCGAAAACACAAUUAUUCUUUAUCAAGUCACUACACAUAGUCAAAAAACUUUAAAACGCAUUUUCAUCUCAUCACAAUGUAUACUACCCUUAAGGACCAAUAUCUAAAUGUCACGAUUUCAACCUUUUUUAAUUUGAAUCAAUUUGGACACAAUAAAGACCUAUCACAACAUGUAUGUUUUGGUCAUUUAGUGAAAAAGGGAAAUAAAAAAUAAUUAAUUAAGGAAAUAAAUCAUAUUGAACAUCUCAAAACGGUCUUGUUAGGCGAGUAUUAAAGUUGAGUCUAAAUAAAGCUGAUACAUAUUGGAUAUAAAAUAUAUCAGAAAUGUUUGCAACUGAGCUUGUUUAUGUAGCUUUUCGCAUAAAUAUUUCUAUCUGGUUGAUAAGUGAACUAAGUAGCUGUGAUGUCGUAUUUUUGCCACGCAAAUUUCUCAAUAAUAAAAACCACUGUGGUGUUUGAAACAAAUGUUCUAAUGUAUAUUUUCACUAUUAUUUUUAUUUUUAACAAAUAAUCAAGUAAUACUUUAUGUCAAUUAUGUACAGAUGGCAAUUUCGCCUUUUUAUAUGAAUAAAAGUUCGGAAUUGUCCUAUCCUUUACCAGUGUUCCUAUUUUACCUAUGUUUGAAUUUCACAAACACUUCCGUGGUUUGCCUCUAAGCAGGGUUUAUCUACUGAGCUGGUCAAUGUAGUUUUUAUGGUAUUCUUAAGAAUCAUAAAUUUUUUGUUUUUUGUGCGAAAUAAAACAAAUUUUGCAUGUACUUUCAUAUUUAUCAUAUCUUAUCAUAACAUACAUCUCAGGCACAAACAAUUAUUUUCAAUCUAUUGCAAAUUUAAGUAGCUGAAAACGAGCCUUUUGAACAUACCCUGUGUUCCGAAACUUUGUUAUCUUCGUCGAAGAGAAAAUUGAUCGUUCACAUCCACUCAGAUCCUGUUUUUGCUUGGCGAAAUUCCUAGAAAAAUUGAAAUUGGAAAAUCGUUUAUAGGCCAAUGAAAGUUUCACCAGGACUAUGAAUCUAUUUUAAACUACGAAUAAACACUAGAGCUAGAGAAA